AUGAAAGUUGAAACGAUUCCGUUUAACCUCUUAAGAGAGAAGCUGUUUGGUAGAUUUAGAGUGUUUUCUCUUAGGAGGGAUGGCAAUUUCCCGACCCACCCUAUACCCAAUGUCAUCCGAUCUAAUUGGACCGGGUUCCGCCUCUCCCUACACCUCACAAACCCACACAAACUGACUUCUAUGGCCCCCCACAAGCUGACCUCUGCCUCCAGCUCUCACCCACGCCUCACACCCCACAACCAGCUGCACUCUACGCCCAAGCACAACCCCCGUAGCUCCUGCCCUAGGCCCUUCCUCUCGUGCGCAUGCCUACGGUCCUCCUCCUCGCGCGUGCCAAGCAACCUCCAACCUCCCCGUGCAUCACAGGCCUGUGCCAACGGCCCAUUGCCCAGGCACGCCUCAUAA